ACCCAGGCUGGCGCAGCGACCCUGUCCCCUAUCAGGUGUUGCGAUCUGUUUAAGGCUAAGGCAGUCGUGGUGGCGGACGGGUGUGACAGGGCCCCGGUGCGUGCGCGGCCAUGCAUGGCCUCGCCCCUCUGCUGCUCAUCUUCCUGGCCAUUCAGGCUGAGGCCUUUCGCAUCUGCGCCUUCAAUGCCCACCGGCUGACGCUGGCCAAGGUGACCAGGGAGCAAGUGAAGGAUACCUUAGUACAGAUCCUGGCUCGCUGUGACAUCAUGGUGCUGCAGGAGGUGGUAGAUGCCUCCAACAGGACCAUCUCCUUCCUGCUGCAAGAACUCAGACGCAAAUUCGACAACUCUCGGUGCUACAGCUUCCUAAACAGCUCGCAGCUGGGGCGCAGCACGUACAAGGAGAAAUAUGUGUACAUCUACCGGUCCGACAAGACCCAAGUCCUGAAUUUCUACCAGUAUGAAGACAAGGAUGACCUGUUUGCCCGGGAGCCUUUUGUGGCCCAGUUCACUCUACCUAGCAAAAUCCUUCCCAGUGUUGCGCUGGUCCCACUGCACACCACCCCUAAGGACGUGGAGAACGAGCUGAACGCCCUCCAUGCUGUAUUCCUGGAUGUCGCCCGGCGCUGGCAGAGCAAGGAUGUCAUCCUGCUGGGGGACUUCAAUGCCGACUGUGCCUCGCUGGCCAAGAAGCGCCUGAGCACGCUGCUGCUGCGCACCGAGGUGGGCUUCCGCUGGGCCAUCGCCGACGGCGAGGACACCACAGUGCGGGCCAGCACCAACUGCAGCUAUGACCGCAUCGUGCUGCAUGGCGAGGCCUGCCAAGGGCUUGUGCGCACCGCCGCGGCCUUCAACUUUCCCCAGAGCUUCCGGCUCUCUGAGGAGGAGGCCCUCAGUAUCAGCGACCACUACCCUGUGGAGGUGGAGCUGGACCAAGCACCGUAUGGCGUGCAGCACCCCAGCCUGGCCACCUUGCUGCUGCUGUCACUGCUGCUGCCACUCUUGGCCCCUCAGUCAAGCCCUGUGGCCUGACUCAGACCCUAGCCUCCCUCCGUUCCACCUGGGGCCUAAGCAACUCCCUGGGGGCUUUUGUCUGACCGCCCUCCUCCAUCCGCCAGUUUAGGUUCUGCUGUUGUGGCUGUUUGGGUUUGAGCCAGCAGCUGAGGCUGGAUCUUAGCCACCCCAUCAGGUAGCGUGAGGGGCCGCGACAAGCCAAUAGGAGGGCUAAGGUACUUGCCCGGGAACCAAACUCGGGACCUUGCGCUUGCCAGGCAGGCACUGUGCCGCUGAGCUGUAUCCUUGGCCUGAGCUGCCCUUACCGCACAGGGUUCACGUAGGUCAAGCGGACAGGACAAGACAAGGCAGCCCUGAAAACCACACAGCCCAGGUCCUGUGGCAAGCAUAACCUGUGACGAGGGCACAGGAUGCUGGGUGUAGGGAGAGGCAACCAGGCUGGCUACCAAGGCGGCACACCAGCAAAACUUCACUGACAGAAUCGGAGACACUUCAAUGAGCCUCCUCCCGAAGGUCAAAAAUAAAAGUUAAUCUGAAACAGAAA